AUGAACUUCUCUUAAAGAGUGCAAAUUAAAAAACCAAUUGUAAGUAUUACAAUGAAUAGUUUGAUGAUUACUACCCUUAGUCAAAUAAUUAUAUAUCUUAGCUUUCCAAAUCAGUGAGUCCAAUAACCAACAAUUAGACUAAUUUUUAUUCAAGUUCAUUAUAAUAAUCAUCUUACAAUUCAUUGUAUUUUCAAUAUCUAGUAUCUAGAACAUAAAGUAGAUAAAAAGAGAGAAUCUUUUAAUAAAAAAAAAUACCAAUUAGUAUUCAAAAAAACUCUUUGUUUGAUCCAAAGUCAUAAAAAUUAAAUAAUUCUAAUAUAUAUUCAGAUAUUAGAGUAUCAGAAUUUGAUAAACCUAUUUAAUUUUAAGCAGAUUAAUUAAUAUAAAGACCAAUUAUAUAAGAGUAAAAACCAAAAAUAUAAGAAUAAAAAAUUGAAGAGUUUAGUCCAAUUUUAGAAGAAAAGAAUGAUAGAUUUAUUAAAAUAGGAGUAAUAAUCAUAAUAAUACUAUUAUUAUUAAUAGGGAUUCUCAAAUUCAAGUGA